GAAAUGUGGGAUCAGGAAAAACAUCAUCUUCGCACGUUCGAUGAAAUGAUCCCUCGCUAUAGGGUGAGGCCUACUUUGUUGCGUCCAGUUUGGGAAGCGGCGGGUUUUAUUCUCGGUGUUAGCACUGCACUUAUGGGUAAAGAGGCAGCCAUGGCUUGUACUGAAGCAGUUGAAACUGUAAUUGGAGAACAUUAUAAUGAUCAGUUGCGAGAUUUACUACAUAUCGAAAAUGUAGAUGUUGAAGAUUUGAAAAAGAUAAUCAAAGAAUUCCGUGAUGAUGAAUUGCAUCAUCUAGAUACCGCAGUGGAUUACGAAUCACAAAAG